CAUCGUUACUCCCAUUCUACAUCCACCACAGACACUGUGCACGCUAUGGCGGACGAAUUUCUCUUCAACAUCUUAGAAAAGGUUUUGAUCAAAGUAACUUCCCCAUCCAUCGAAAAUCUCAGCUUCGCAUGGGGUAUGAAGUCCGAGCUCAACAAACUCCAAAACACUCUCUCCAUAAUCAACGCCGUGUUCCUCGAUCAGAACGAGCAGAAGACGUUGAAUCACCAGGCCAAAGACUGGCUUCACAAGCUACGGGAAGUCGUUUACGAUGCCGAUGACCUGCUCGACGAAAUGUCAACCGAGUCUCUGCGGCGAAACAUUGACAAGAAACACGGAAAAACGUUAAAGAGAGUAAGGAACUUAUUCUCAUGCUCAAACCCUAUUGUUUUUCGUUUUAAAAUGGGUCGCAAGCUCAGAAAUAUUAGGAAUCACUUGGAUCAGAUUACGGCUGAUUGGAGAAAGUUUCGCUCCAGCGAGAUAAAUCCAUCGAAUCUAAUUGGGAUUGAAGUUAGAGAACAAACGCAUUCAUAUGUAAAAGCAUCGGAAAUAGUAGGGAGGGAGAAUGACAAAAGAUCUGUUGUAGAGCAGCUUAUUUUAGAAAACUCUACUAAUGCUCAAGAUAACGUUUCAGUUCUCCCCAUUGUUGGUCUGGGUGGCCUUGGAAAGACUACUCUCGUCAAAAUGGUGUAUAAUGAUGUAAGGAUAUCUGAAUACUUUGAUCUAAAGAUGUGGGUCUGUGUUUCAGAGGAUUUUAGUCUAAAACAGAUCAUAGAGAAAAUACUCAGAUCAACAACUGGUGAGAGGCAUGACCACCUUGACAUGGACCAGAUCCAAAUUCAUCUACGUACUGUAUUGGAUUCUAAGAGAUAUUUACUUGUCUUGGAUGAUGUUUGGAAUGACGAUAGAAACAAGUGGACGGAACUAAGGGACCUUCUUGUUAAUGGUAGUAGCGGAAGCAAAAUCAUAGUUACAACCCGGAGUAAGAAGGUUGCAACAAUUACGGGCACAGUUCCUGCUUACAAUUUGAGUGGACUUUUCGAGGAUGAUUGCCUCUCUUUGUUUCUAAAAUGUGCAUUUGGGAGAGACAAUGAUUUCCAUCCUAAACUAGCAAAAAUAGGGAAGGAUAUUGUGAACAAGUGUGGUGGAGUGCCUUUGGCCAUCAAAACUUUGGGAAAUUUAUUGUACAGUAAGACUGACGAGCGACAAUGGCUGCAGAUUAGGGAUAAUGAAAUUUGGCAAAUAGAACAGAAGGAAAAUGACAUUUUGCCCAUAUUGAGGUUGAGUUAUGAUCAAAUGCCAUCUUCUCUAAGACAAUGCUUCACAUACUGCUCCACUUUCCCUAAAGGUAGCGAAAUUCCAAGAGAGGAAUUCAUCAACCUGUGGACCGCACAAGGGUUCAUUGAAGACGAAGAUGUUGGGGAUCAAUAUUUCAAUGAGCUAAUAUCGAAGUUUUGCUUUCAGGACGUUGUGGAAGCAUUUGAUGGCGAUAUCGUAGCUUGCCAUAACCUUGUGCAAGACUUAGCACAAUCAAUGGCUGGUGACAGGUGCUCAAGCAUAAAGAUCGAUAGCACCAAAGCAAUCUCCGAGGGAACUAGACAUGUUUUGUUUCAAGGUGAGGAUUCUCAAGGGAAACAAGUCCCCGAGUAUUUGCUGAAAACUAGAAAAUUGCAAACGUUUAAUUAUUCUUUCAAAGUUGGUCCCAAUGACAAAAACUUUGUCAAAACUGUUUCACUUAGUUUCAGGUGUCUGCGUGUUCUAUCCAUGAAUUAUUUGCAAAUUGUGGAGUUGCCAAAAUCCAUUGGUAAAUUAAAGCUGUUAAGAUACCUUAAUCUUAACGACAGCCCCAACCUUACUUCACUUCCUAGAUCUAUCUGUAAGCUUGUAAACCUGCAGACACUGAGCCUCAUUAACUGUGAGAAUCUUCAAAGCCUGCCCAAAGAUAUUAAAAAACUUGUAAAUUUGAGAACUCUAUAUCUGACAUCUUUGCAGCAGAAUCUUCCAGUGGAGAAACUUCUUUCCCUAGACUCUCUUCAGAUUAUGUUGCUAUACAAAUGCUCAUGCAUCUCAUCAAUGCUUCCGUCAAGUGGUUUCCAAGUCUUCAGUAAUCUUCGAGUAUUACGCAUUUAUGACUGUCCAAGAUUAACCAAUUUAACCGACAGUAUGAAAUACCUAUCCAAUCUCGAGAAGCUGUGGAUUUGGAACUGCAAAGAGCUCGACCUGUCUCUUGGAACUGAUGUUUUCAUGAAAGGACUAACCAGUCUCCGAUCAUUGAUGCUAAUGGGACUUCCCAAGUUGUUGACUCUUCCUGAAGGACUCAAAGGAAAUGUUGCCAGUAAUCUCCAUUACUUACUUAUAUCUGACUGUCAGAAUUUGAGGAAUUUGCCAGACUGGAUCCAUGGCUUCACGUCGCUUGUGAAUCUGUACAUUGAACACUGCCCAAAUUUGUUACCUUUACCUGAAGGAGUCGGGCUACUCAGUGCAAAAUUGAAAAUUACAGGGUGUCCAUUGGUGAAUGUGAAUGGUUACGCAUAAAACCUUCAAAGUAUUUUCUAAUUUUGAUAUCCUCCCUUAAACUAUGAAAACCCUUUUAAUCUCAACCAUUUUUCUCCACCCUUUAGAGAUUUUAACAAAAUUUUCUUUUGUUAAAUAUUGGUAUGGAAGAAAUAGUUCUGAUCAAAAGGCUUUUAUAAAAAAAAAUUAGUUUAAGGUUGAUAUCAAAAUUGACCAAUAUUUUGUUGGCUUAUUAUGAGUUUACUUCAUAUUCUUCCAUUCUCUUAGAGAGUAAGCUCAAGUCACUAUUUUGUUUUAUGAAAAUUGUCAUGAAGAUUCGAAACUUUGAGCUCUACCAUUGAGCUACAGGAGUCUUCUUGAUCAUGAAGUCACUAGAAAACAUUAGUUCUUUAUGAUAUUUCAUUGCUUGUAUAUACAAUAUACACAGGAUUAUGUAUUAUAAUUAUUGGAGACAAUUGAAAAGGAAGCAUCAUCAACAUUUGUGGUGGUUGGUUAAUUAUGUUGACAACAUUUUCCUUUAUUAAUAGCCUGUCUAUGUUUAAGAUUGAACAUGAUUUGUUUUCUCUCCAU